AUUCUGAAAUUUUCAAGAGUUACAAAAAAUCAUUAAAAUUUAAAAAUGAAUAAAAUACAGAAAAAAGUAGUAAAACAUUAUUUUUGGAUUGUAUUAUUGUUAUUAUUUGCAUUACCAAGAAGUGGAAGGAGUCAAAAAGAAGAAUCAUAUGGAACGGUCAUUGGAAUUGAUUUAGGAACAACAUAUUCAUGUGUUGGAGUCAUGCAAUCAGGACGGGUAGAAAUUCUAGCAAAUGAUCAAGGAAAUAGGAUUACGCCGUCAUAUGUAGCGUUUACGAAUGAAGAAAGACUUGUAGGAGAUGCGGCGAAAAAUCAAGCACCAGCGAAUCCGUUAAAUACGAUAUUUGAUGUUAAACGAUUAAUUGGACGACGAUUUGAUGAAGCCGAUGUUCAAUCGGAUAUUAAGAAUUUUCCAUUUAAGGUGAAUCAUCAUGAGGGUAAACCUCAUGUAGAAGUGAAUAUUGCGGGGGAAAAGAAAACAUUUACGCCGGAAGAAAUAUCGGCUAUGGUACUUCGUAAAAUGAAAGAAAUAGCAGAAUCGUAUUUAGGACGAACAGUGACACACGCAGUGGUGACGGUUCCGGCAUAUUUUAAUGAUGCACAACGGCAAGCUACCAAAGAUGCAGGUACAAUUGCGGGACUUAAUGUGUUGCGUAUUGUUAAUGAGCCGACGGCGGCAGCAAUUGCAUAUGGAUUAGAUAAGAAAGAAGGAGAACGUCUUAUUAUUGUGUAUGAUUUAGGAGGAGGUACGUUUGAUGUAUCACUUUUAUCGAUUGAAGAUGGGGUAUUCGAGGUGAUUGCGACGGCAGGAGAUACACAUUUAGGAGGGGAAGAUUUUGAUCAUCAAGUGAUGGCACAUUUUAAAACGUUAUUUCAUCAAAAACAUGGAGUUAGACUUGAUAGUGAUCCAAAAGCCUUAGGAAAGCUUAAACGAGAAGUAGAAAAGGCUAAACGAACGUUAUCAUCACAAAUGUCAGCAAGAGUUGAGAUAGAAUCAUUAUAUCAGGGUAUUGAUUUUUCAGAAACAUUAACACGUGCAAAAUUUGAAGAAAUCAAUAUGCACUUGUUCAAAAAAACAAUGAAACCGGUUGAACAAGUUUUAAAAGAUGGGAAUGUAAAGAAAUCAGACAUUGAUGAUAUUGUUUUAGUCGGAGGAUCAACUCGUAUUCCCAAAGUGCAACAAUUAUUGGAGGAAUUUUUUGACGGAAAAAAAGUGUCAAAAAGUAUUAAUCCUGAUGAAGCAGUAGCCUAUGGAGCAACGGUACAAGGUGGAAUUUUAUCACAUGAAGAAGGAGUCGAAGAUAUUGUAUUAGUAGACGUAAAUCCGUUAACACUGGGAAUUGAAACAACGGGUGGAGUAAUGACGAAAUUGAUCGCACGUAAUACCGUCAUUCCCACACGUAAAUCUCAAAUCUUUUCUACGGCAACGGAUAACCAAGCAGUUGUAUUGAUUCAAGUGUUUGAAGGUGAACGUCCAUUAACAAAAGAUAACAAUAUGUUGGGUAAAUUUGAAUUAACCGGAAUCCCACCAGCACCUCGUGGAGUACCUCAAAUCGAAGUAACCUUUGAGAUUGAUGCCAAUGGAGUCUUAACGGUUUCAGCAAUGGAUAAAGGUGCAGGUAAAUCCGAGUCAAUUACCAUCAAGAAUGAUAAGGGCCGAUUAUCACAAGAGGAAAUUGAUCGUAUGAUUAAAGAAGCCGAACAAUUUGCAGAUGAAGAUCGUGCACAGAAAGAAAAGAUUGAAGCAAGAAAUUCCUUAGAAUCCUAUGUUCAUACGUUAAAGAAUCAAUUAAAGGAUACUGAAGGAAUGGGCGGAAAACUAAGUGAAGAAGACAAAAAGACGAUUUCAGAUGCCGUUGAAGAAACACUCAAGUGGUUGGAGCAAAAUUCUAUGACAGCAACAACUGUUGAUUUUGAAGAAAAAAGAAAUGCAUUGUCUGACAUAGUAAUGCCUAUUACAUCUAAAUUAUACGAAUCAGCUAAAGAUGAUACACCUCCUCAUGACGAACUUUAAAUGGUUUAAAAACAAAAAACAUUUUACAUAGUUUUUUUAUGGAUCAA